CUUUUGAUGAUUUUUGGUUGCGCGUGGGCAAAGCCAGCCCCUGAACCACCAGUAGAUUCAUACUUCCCACCCUCCAGUGGCCUUAUCGGCGGAGGAGGCGGCUACCCUUCGGGUCCAGCAAAUGUCCAGGACACUUAUGGUCCACCCCAAAGACAACCAGUGAUCCACAAGCAUGUCUACGUCCACGUUCCCCCACCAGAAGCUCCAGAGUACAAGCCACCAAAGUACUUGCCGCCGCAACAAGCCCCGCAGAAGCACUACAAGAUCGUCUUCAUCAAGGCCCCAACCCCCCCAACUCCAACCGCCCCUGUCCUUCCAGCCCUGCCGCCACAGGACGAGCAGAAGACUCUGAUCUACGUUUUAGUGAAGAAACCCGAGGAAGCUCCUGAUGUUGUUCUUCCUACUCAAGCUCCCACUCAGCCCAGCAAGCCUGAGGUUUACUUCAUCCGCUACAAGACUCAGAAAGAACAGUCGGGAAGCUAUGGACCUCCUGCUCAACAGCCCCCAGACAGCUACGGACCUCCUUCUGCAGGAAAUGGCGGUCCUUACUGA